GUUAAGUGGUUUGACGUUACGCUGCUAAUUACGAGGUCGCGGUAUCAAAUCGCUCCCGUGUCGGACGCAUUUCCAUGGGGGCAAAAGGCAAAAAUUCCAUGUACAGCCGUGAUUUGAGUGUGCGCUAUUGAACCAAGGGGAUCAAAAUAUUCCUGAAUGGGGUUAAUGUGGCAGGCUACAAUGUGCCGCCUAAUCGGAUCGCGGUUUUGGCAAGUAAAAUCCGAGAAUUUAUUUCUGUAAUGCAUAGCUAGGACGAACGUUCCGUGAGUGGUACGUAAAGCACCAAAUUUUGAGUAAAAUAAUUACAGGAACUUUUCUUGCUUUAUUCUAUUUUAGUAUGGACCGGACAUGAUGUGGGACCUCUUCUAUGAGAAGUCUGCAGUGCAGCUGGUGUACCGAAUGUGGAGGUUGAUGUACAAUCAUAAGACCGUCAAUAUGGACACGCAGCUGAGACUCGGCUACAUAAAGUUUAUCAGCGAAGAGAUGAUUUUCUUCAUAACUGCAGCUAACGGUCUUUGCUACACUGCGAACCCCAAGUUUGCCUCUAAGAAAGAGCAAGAACUAGCCCCAAAAAGGGUGAAUUCUGUGCUUUAUAGCAAGCUCCUGGGCCAAAGCAUGCUGUGCAGUGAAAAGCGAGAAGUUUACAAACCACCGUGCCGGGGUCUCUUCCAAGAACUUGAGCGUGUUGACGAAGGUUUGUGGACCGUAGAAAGAUGGCGGAAUGCCAAGAAAGUCAUACUGGAAUAAAACAAUGGU